UGUGUUCAAGAAACAAGGGGGCGAAUUUGACAGAGUUUGAACAAAGCUUCGAUGGCUACUGAACAAGAUUCAGAUGCUCAAAAGAAGCUAGCCGAGGACUUAUACUGGGCUGUAGACGUCACCAAAGUUAGGUCCCUGUUGGGACAGGGGGCAGACCCCAACCACCAGCUCUACUGGAGUGACGAGUGGGCGGAGGCGCCUCCAUUACACUGUGCUUGCUGGAGGGGCAACCUUGAGAUUGUGAAGACACUUGUUACUCAUGGAGCUGAUAAAGAUGCGAGGGACAAGGACAACGGAACACUACUGCACUAUGCUUGUAUGGGAGGAAGGAUACUAGUCGUGCAGUACUUAGUGGAGGUGUGCAAGGUUGAUGUUGAUGUGACUAAUGAUGAUGGCGAGACUCCUCUUGACACGGCAGUAUGGUGGGAGAAGACUGAAGUUGCUGACUAUCUCAAGUCUCUAGUCUCCACUCCUGAACCAGAUACUCCAAAUGGUUCCGAACAACUUCCUUCAACUUCUUCCAAGGAUGAUUCUAACCUAACCUCAUCAACGGCAGAAGUUCUUUUUGCGUUUCCGAAAACUCAAGAUGGUGAGCUGUCUUUGAAUGUAGGGGAUAUCAUUCAAGAUGUUGUGACAGUUGAUGAAGGCUGGUGUGAAGGAACUCUGAAUGGAGAAAGAGGGCUCUUCCCUGUCAAUUUUAUCAAAAUGAGACCAGCCAAGAUCCCACCUCCAGCACAACCACCAUCAGAGCCACCGGUUGUGCGAGAUGGUGGAGGAGCUAUAAAGAGCCGACGUGCUAAGGUGGUGUACAGCUUUGUUGCAGAAAGUCCUAACGAGCUUUCUCUUGAAGCUGGACAGAUCGUUGAGGUGAUAGCAGAAGAGGAGGAGGGAUGGUUUAGAGGGAGGCUCAACAAUAAGGAGGGGGUCUUCCCAAGUAUCUUUAUAGAAUUCAUCCCGGUACCAGCCGAGCCUCCACCAGAACCAGCCCUCAAUGAUGAAUCAUCCAAGUCUGAGCAAGCUCUUAAUGAUGCCAUGAAGGCUGGAUUUGUCCCUGUGAGCAUUACUAAUAUCUUAUUAUUUGGAAUGGCUGGCACUGGUAAAACCUCCACUAAGCAUCUCCUUCUGGGACUGUCUCCUCCUGUAGAUCGAAAUAGUACUCCAUUAGCUAGCACAGCAGAGAGGAUAUGUAUUCAACCAAAUCAUCACACUACAAAGGAGAAGAUGGAUAGUCGACAAAUUCGUGACUGUCACACUACGAAGAUACAAAUGGAAGCUCAGGAAGAUCUCUGGAAACCAGUAACUAGUGAUGACCUACAACGCAUUGUUGCUGAUGCUAUUAAAUCUCGUGUAACCAGUGAAGAAUCUGCUAUCCCACUAGAACUCAGCAUUGCUCUGAAGCAACUUGAACCUAGCAAUGAAUCAAGUACGCCAGUUGAUGCGACUCCUUCAACUUCAAGAACAACUAAACCAUCAGUAGCUGGAGCAGAAAUAACGCGAGAAGGAAAAAAGAGUAAAUUUCUUAAAACUGUUUCAAAUGUAAUGGCGAGUAUUAAGCGAUUUUCUGACGCUGAUCGUACUGCUGUUCAAGAAAAGUUUGGAUCUCAUUGGAUCUACAUAAUCGAUAGCGGUGGGCAACCACACUUUCAUAAUCUUCUGCCACUCUUCAUGCCCAAGAUUUCUGUAGCGUUGUACAUUCUUCGUCUCUCUGACUGCCUAGACGAUCAUCCGCUGGUUGAAUACUACAAGGAUAAUGAGCCAGUUGGUGAAGCUUUUAAGUCCCAUCUCUCAGUUCUGGAUAACUUCAAGUAUCUCGUGCAGUCAAUUCAAUCUCACAGUGAAAACUGCAAGCUGGUAUGCAUUGGUACUCACAAAGACCAUCAAUCUGAAUGCAAGGAAACAUUAUCAGACAAAAAUAAAACUUUGUUCAACUUUACUCAGAAGGAUUGCAUUAAGAACUUAACUUUGUUUUUCAAAUGUAGGAAGAAGGAUGUCAUAUUUCCUGUGAAUUGCAAGAAAUGCGAUCCUGACAGUAAGAAAGUGGCAAAGACAAUUCGUGAAUAUGUUCACAAACUAUCUCAAAAUCUUAAAAUCAAGGUCCCUUUUUGGUGGUUUGUUUUGGAAAUUAUUGUCGAGAAGGUUUCAAACGAUGAAAAAAGAAAAGUUUUAAGCAAGACCGAAUGUGAACAAAUUGCAAAAGCAUUACAUAAUUUUCACGAAGAUGCACUUUGUGAAGCUUUAAAAUUCUUCCAUGAGCAUCACAUCUUUCACUACUAUCCUACCAUUCUACCAAAUGUGGUAUUCUGUGAUACUCAAGUGCUUCUCGAUAAAGUAACAGAGCUUGUCGAGUAUGCUGCAUACAUGCGAGUUAGCAAUGAUCCUGGGUUUGGAAACUUGUUUGAUGUUUUUGACAAAGGAAUUAUUACAAUUGAACUUUUAUCUGAGAAAAAUUUUGAAAAGCACUACAUCGAUGGACUCUUUGCACCCAUUGAUCUGAUUGAAAUAUUCAAGCACUUGCUGAUAGCCACCCCAUUUGGUAUAUUCUCACGAGGACAAGACAAGCGUUUCUAUAUGCCAUCACUUCUAUCCUUGCUUCCACCGACUCAAGUCAAUGACAAACGAGCUGAUUUGCUUAAGACCGGUAAUUUGAUCCCACUCGUUUUACAUUUCAAAAAUAACUGGCAGUGCUGUGGAGUGUUUUGCUGUCUCCAAGUGUACCUGAUUAAAGAAUGUGAAUGGGAAAUUGACAUAGAUGAUCACCAGCCGAGUAGAAACUUUGUACAAUUUUUUCAUCGUCAGGAAAAUUUUUUUGUUACGCUAAUUGACGGGUUUUCAUUCCUCGAAAUUCAUUCCAGUACUAAUCGGAAAGACAUAUUGUCGUUGAUAAAUGAAAAUGUUCACUCUGGUCUUCGAUCAGCUUACAAAGCCCUGAAAUACACGUAUGAGGAUCCUGAAGUUGCAUUUUUGUGUCCCCAUGAAUUGCCCUCUACUGAAGCAAGUCCCCAAGUGCCCCACCACCCAGCUUGUGUUGUGGCUAAGGGCACUUCUAUGACGUGUACUCAACGCAAUAGAAUGACGUAUAAGUUAGAAAAAGGUCACAAAGAUUGGCUCUCUGUGUGUCCAUCUAUGAGUGUAGCCUCUGACGCAUCGUCACAACCAUCAGUUCUGGGCAGUGAGACUUCUGUGGAACAUCCUCUAGCCUCAGGUCAGCGCAAUAAAAAAAUUUCAAAGCGUCCAACGACUGACAUUACUGUACAAGGCAUUGCUGUACAUGAUGAUCAAGAAGAUGAAAAUCAAUUAUACACUAAAGACUUGCAAGAAGUUGUUUCUCAAUUAAUGGAAGCCAUUAAUGUUUGGUUUGAGUUGGGCCUCGCUUUAGGGAUCCCAGUUGCCACGCUUGAGAAUAUCAAGUGUCACACAAAUCACAAUAAAGAUGGUUUGAUUAGAAUGCUGACCCAGUGGCUGGAAUCUUCACCUUCUCGUACAUGGAGUGACAUUUGCAAUGGCCUCAGAAGUGGCACUGUCAGACAAGACGUUCUAGCAAAUACGAUUGAGGAGAAAUACGAUGGUCGGCUAUCAGGGAAGAGAAAGAGACAAAGAAACGAUUCGUGUGUUCCCAGACCCCAUACAGAGGACUCAUCCCGACCACCCCACAUCACUGAUCCUCUAGCCCCAGGACACCGCAAAAGAUUGUUGGGAUCAGGUGAAGAAGGUGAAACUCUGUUAAAGCGUCCAAAGAAGGAUGUCACUGUACAAGGUCAGCUAUCAGGGAAGAGAAAGAGACAAAGAAACGAUUUGUAUGUUCCCGGACCCCAUACAGAGGACUCGUUCCGACCACCCCACAUCACUGAUCCUCUAAUCCCAGGACACCGCAAAAGAUUGUUGGGAUCAGAUGAAGAAGGUGAAACUCUGUUAAAGCGUCCAAAGAAGGAUGUCACUGUACAAGGAUCAUCACAAGAGGAGCAUACUAGCAGAAACCAACGGUCGUCCAUUGUUCUGACUGGAGAUGAUGUUCUGAUAAUUUGUGAUAGUCUGAACAAUGCCAGCAAUGAUUGGUUCAACUUGGGACUGGCUCUUGGAAUGAAGAUUACUGACUUGGAAGACAUUGAAGAUGCAUACCGCCAUAACCAACGCCGCCUAAUGAAGAUGGUGGGCAAGCGUCUUCAAGUCACUGAACCACCCAUGACAUGGGCUUACAUAUGUGAAUGUCUAAGGAGGCCUACUGUUGAGUGUAACGAUGUAGCCGAGGAAAUUGAAGACAAGUAUGUGAGGACAGCAACUGCAGUUGCUCAUAGUGCCACCAAUUGAUCAUGAGAACCUGACAAGAUACUGGAGUUGCUUGAAAGGGACGAAUAAAGAUGUAAAGUAAAGAAGCAUGCAAGAAUGUCAAGUAAAGAACUAACUCUGUGUUGACUAUAAGUACUGACUAUUAUAAUGCUCUGUGUUCUGUGUUUGAUUAUACCACCUUAAUUCUAUUUUUAUUAUCAGAAUUUCAUUUCCAGUUUUCUAGUUUAGUGACCUUUUACCAUUGUUGUUGGGUACAGAUCACUUCAGUUGCAGCUUCUUGUUAACCACAUGGCCUCCUCAUGAUCAGAGCUAGAGCUAGAUGCUAGAGUGAGUGUCUGCAGGCAUGAGCUGGAGGAGCACGCAGUCCAGUAUUAGUGGAUAUGGUGGCUAGUCUGCAGAGGGAGCUGGACAAUGCUAGGGUACUUCGGUGAUAGAUUUGCUGAAUCAGCGAUUAUCAGCGGGCACUCAACUGAGACAACGUGAAGUGUUGCAUAUCUUCUCUGAUGUUGCUAAGGUCGUUGC